GAAGUGACGAAAGAAGCGGAGGAGGAUGAGGAGCGCGGGACGUGGGGGAACCAGUGCGAGUUCUUCCUGUCGUGCCUGGGCUACGCCGUCGGCUUCGGCAACGUGUGGCGGUUCCCUUACCUCUGCUACAAGAACGGCGGCGCGGCCUUCCUCAUUCCAUACGUUAUCAUGUUGCUCUGCGCCGGCCUCCCCCUGUUCUUCAUGGAGCUCGCCCUCGGGCAGUACGUCAGCCUGGGACCCAAUAUUAUCUUUCCGAAACUGGCGCCCAUCUUUUCUGGCCUCGGGUGGGGCAUGGUGGCCGUGUCCGUGCUGGUGUCCAUCUACUACAACAUCAUCCUGGCUUGGGCGCUGUUCUACACCUUCGCCUCCUUCACCAGCGCCUUGCCAUGGGCCAGCUGCGGCAACGCCUUCAACUCUCCCGAAUGCUACCUUGAGGACCGAUGCAACGGCUCAACAUAUUUCUACAACAACACGUGUUUGGAUGUCGAGCAAUACUGCAACAUUGCAAACCUAACCGCCUUUAAUGAGACCACUUGUAUUCAUCCCUUUGACGACAACAUCACAACGCCAGCCAGCGCCGCCGUAGACAAAAUCUCGGCCAGUGAAGAUUUCUUUAGAAACCGCGUUUUGGGCGUGACGGGCACCACUUGGGAAAACAUGGGCGACAUGCGCUGGGAGCUGGUGGGCUGCCUGGCGCUGGCGUGGGUGAUCGUGGGCGCGUGUCUGGCCAAGGGCGUGAAGAGCUCCGGGAAGGUCGUCUACUUCACCGCCCUCUUCCCCUACGUCGUGCUCGUCAUCCUCCUGAUCAGAGGCGUGACCCUUGAGGGCGCAGAUCUGGGGAUCGAGUUCUACUUCUUGCAGCCGAACAUGUCUCGCCUGGCGGAGGUGGAGGUGUGGAGCGACGCCGCCACGCAGAUCUUCUACUCUCUCGGGUCGUCCUUCGGAGGCCUCAUCACCCUCGCCUCCUACAACAAGUUCAGGAAUAACUGCAUGAGAGACGCCAUCGUGAUCGCCACUGCCAACUGCGCCACCUCCGUGUUCGCCGGCUUCGUCAUCUUCAGCAUUCUGGGCUUUCUGGCGACGGAGCUCGGCGUGCAAGUGAAGGACGUGGCUUCCUCCGGCUCCGCCCUGGCCUUCAUCGCCUACCCCGCUGCCGUGGCGCGCAUGCCGGUGUCGCCGUUGUGGUCCAUCCUGUUCUUCGCCAUGUUAAUCACGCUCGGACUCGACUCCCAGUUUACGAUGGUUGAGACGGUGACCACGGCUUUAUUUGACCAGUUCGAGUCCCUCCGAAGCAAGAAGCCCUUGGUCGUCGGAGGAACCUGCUUCCUGCUGUUCCUAAUGGGCCUCACGAUGUGUCUCGAAGGAGGCGUGUACAUGUUCGAACUCUUUUUCUUCUUCUCCUCCGGCACCUCAGUCAUCUUGUUGGCCCUCUUCGAGGUCGUGGCCAUUCAGUAUGUGUAUGGCAUCAAAAACUUCAUGAGGAACAUCCAAGAGGGAAUGGGCAUCCACAUCCCUCUCCCUCUCUACGCUUACUGGACGAGCACCUGGUUUAUCAUCACUCCGCUUUCGCUCCUGGUUAUCUGCGUGUUCUCCCUCGUGUUCUUUGUGCCAGCGUACUGGGGGGAGUACGUGUUCCCCGGUGGCAUCCAAGCCCUGGGGUGGCUCAUGUGCUUCAGCUCCGUCAUCCUCGUGCCCUUGGGAGCUCUCUACGCCUUCCUGACGAAGGACAAGCGUGAUCUUGGUUUGUUUGAGACCUCAGAGGACUUCUGUCCAGCCCACGUGAGAAAAAGUAGAGCUGCCAGUAAGUCGAGAUCUCCUCCUCAGGCGAAGGAACCCGGUAGCAGCGGCGACGUUCUUCCAGUUUACCAAAACAAAGCUUUUGCAGAUGGGGACGAAGAUGCGGUUGAGAAGUACUAAGUUCGGGGACGCAGGAGCCGUUUACGAAAGGAGAACAAUAAUAAUCUUCAAAAUUAAGCGGACAGAAAAUGCCCGAUAUGCUACGAAAUAUAUGGGGUGUAGCGAAGAACCCGAAAAAUAAGAAACUAAUAAUUAAAUGUUUUGUAAUGUAUUUAAAUCUGUUCAUUGUACUGGUAGCUAUAAUAUCUAUUUAACUCAGAA